UGAGAACCUUCAGCCAGACCAAGACCCACACAUUCAUAUGGAGAUGUGGGACUAUAAAUAGGAGGGAUGAAGCCAGCAGAGAUCAGACUCUCUCUACAGAGACCUCUACAGCACACACAUCCAGACAUGGCACCUACAAUCACUGCAGCAAUGACCAACUCUCAGGAGCAUCUGACUCUGACUCACAAGCUCAGAAAGCCUCUGGUGGAGAAGUUACGCAGAGAGCGAAUCAACAGCAGCAUUGAGCAGCUCAAGUCUCUCCUGGGUCCAGAGUUCCUCAAACAGCAGCCAGACUCCAAGCUGGAGAAAGCAGACAUCCUGGAGAUGACAGUUUGCUUCCUGACACAGCUGCAGCAGCAGAGUCAACAGCAGAGAAGACUGCUGAACCACUUCAACAGGCUGCAGUCCUCCUCUGAGAAGAACCUGAGAGAGGCUGACUUCUCUCCUCUGAGCUCCUCAGUCCAGACCAGCAUCAUCAAAGACAAGAGUCCAGUCAACAGCGCCCUCUGGAGGCCAUGGUAG